ACUUGUCGAAUAUUGGUGGCCUACAGAUACAUCAGGUUCGUCCCAUUACUUCUCCCUGUAAAUCCAAUGCAGAGUUCAUUUUCAUUGUCAUUUUUGUCUUCGGAAGAACAAAAUCCGAAAGAAAUGGAAUCUCAUGGUAUUUUUAUUAUCUAUGUUUUUCUCUUUGAAUACUGGCGGGCAGAUAAGACUGACGAUUGUUGUCAGAGUGGUGCCCCUUGCUUUGUUUACGGAAGAGUUGCAAUGUCAGCGUGUUGAUCAGCCUGUUUGACAGGUAAAUCAAGAAAUGGAUGAGCUCUCUGACCAUGAUACUGUGCCUGCUAAAAAGCUUCGCCUGAGUGAAGAAGAUGACUUUACAUCAGGUCCAGUUAUCUCCAAUAAGAACAAUGUAGACACAGACAGCCAGAAAACUGUGGACUACAGUAUGGGAUCAGACCUGGACUCCCAGGGGCUUGAACAAGGAGACACGGGUCAGUUGGUUGUUAGAAAACAGCAAAAUGGUGAUGUAGAACGUGAUCCAGAUCCAGAUGAAACUUGUCAGAAGAAACCAAAACUGGAGAAAAUUGAAUCUGUCUUCAAAGAUGCAAAGCUGAUUGCUAGUAUCAUCAGUGGUACAGAUGUUGAAAAGAUGUAUGAAAGUCUGAAGAGCAAACGAAGAAAUCCAAAUAGAGUUGAUAUUGUUAUGAAUGCAAUAUUAGAAGAUGCAGGAAUUCGUCGGAAGAGAAGAAAUGUAGAAGAGGAGGACACCAGUUCUUUGUUAUUGGCAGAUUUUGUUAGUGUGAUAGAUAAGGCUAUGGCCAAUAUGGAGUCCCUGCCAUUAACAGCCGAGGAAAUUCAACACUUGCUGCGAGAGGAAGGAAACAGACCAGACCGUGUAGAUCGGGUGUUCGCUAAAAUUCUUAGGCAGGUUUAUCGCCCUAAACAUUUUUCUGAUGAAGAUGUACGAAAGGUUAUUUCACAGAUGCCAGAAGCAAAUCCUGAUUUGGUCCGAAAGUUACUCUCAGAUACCCAAGGUCAAGGUCAGGCAGAUAUGGUAAAACAUGUGAUCAGCAUUCUUAAAAAUAAUACAGUACCCAGUCUUACAAAAGAUGACUCUAUUUCCAAUGAUCCAACUGUCAGCAAUGACCCAUUGUUUAAGGAUAUGAAGAUUGUGAAGAAGAUUGUUCCACAUAGGGAUCCUAAUGAGAUAUAUGCUUACCUGGAGGCGCACUAUGAAAAAAAGAACAGGAUUAAACUAGUGAUUGAGGAACUCAUGAAUGUAGUGGACCCUGAAGACCCAGAUCACAAUGACAUUGAGGUCAAAGACACAGAGAAACCUUCUAUACCUGGGGUGAGAGGACUUGAAGAGGAGUUACAAGAACUGAAAGAGAUAUUUCCAGACUGUGAUCCCAACUAUCUUUACAAUGCCCUGGAGGACAGGAGGGAUGACAAGGAUCGAGUUAAAAAUCUUGCAAUAGGGAUGUUGGAGAAAAAAGACUACCCAAGACUGAAAGAAAUGUUAGAUAAUGAAAGCAAAUUAAAAAAGAAGCAGAAAGUUAUCCAGGCAACAUUUCAAAUGAAAGAUUUUUUGGCUAAGUUUCCCGAUCCUGAAACAUUUUUCUGUGAUAAGAGCAAAGUAAUGACAAAUAAUUACAAGAAACAUGUAUCGGUUCAACUUCAAAAUGACUUUCAGACUCUAUCUGAGGAAUACCUGCAGCAGAUAAUGGAAGAAAACAACUUUUGUCUGAUCCUUUGUAAGAGAGUUGUACUUACCAACAUCAGUGAACUCGGAGAAUUUAUGUUUGAGCUGUUCCUCUCGACACCGAGGCCUUUGCUCCCCCUCCCAGAUGAACCUGAUGAAUUGUUCUUCAAUGAGGUGCUCUACUUGCGUCAUGAAGAGGAAAUCCGAGAUCACCUGAAAGAACAGAGGAUGAUGAAGCAGCUGAGACGAGAUGAGGCGGGUGCUAAUGGCGAGCUGCUCCCCUGUGAGUGCUGUUUUGAUGAUGAAUGUCUGUUUGAGGACAUGACUUCGUGUCAGGAUGGCCAUCUGUUCUGUAAGGAGUGUGUGAGAAGAUCUUCAGAGGUUGUUAUAGGAGAUGGAAAAUGUUCUUUUCCUUGUUUGACUGACAACUGUGAAUACCAGUUUCCAGUUCCUGUGCUACAGGAAGUCAUGUCUCCGAACAUGUUCUCCAUCUUGUUGAGGAGAAUGCAGGAGGAGGAAGUGAAACAGGCAGCCAUACCAGACCUGGUCAGCUGUCCAUUCUGUAGCUUUGCCACCAUCAUCUCUAAUCCUGAUGAUAAAGUGUUCAAGUGUCUUAACCCAGAGUGUCUCAAGGAAUCCUGUAGACUGUGUAGUGAGCUGAGUCACAUCCCCCUGCGGUGUAACGAGGUGGAGAAGCAGGGCGAGACUGACAUGAGGACAUAUAUUGAGACAAGAGUCACAGAAGCUAUGCUGAGGAAGUGUCAUAGAUGUCAGAAGAGGUUUAUCAAAGAGGAAGGGUGUAACAAGAUGACAUGUACCUGUGGCGCCACCCAGUGUUACUCUUGUCGGGAAGAGGAUAUUGGCUAUGAUCACUUUAAUGACAGAGGGUGCAGAAAUUACCAGGAUUCUUCAGAAUUACAUGUAAAAGAAAUGGAGGCUGCAGCCGAGGAGGCCCGACAACAGUACCUAAAGGAUCAUCCGGAGGCCAAGGACAUGGUGCUCAAGUACGACCCUGUAAACCAUAUAGAAGAUGUGAAGAAAAACCCUACCUACAUGUGGGGAGGUGGUCGCCAUGAAAAUGAAUACAGUGACGAAGAAAACAGUGAUUAUGAUUAUUGAUUCAGUGAAGUAAUCAGAAAUACAGUGGAUAUUAUCAGAAGUACCUGCCUUACAACACACAGAAGUAUGGCCAUCAGUUAGUCUUGUUCACUGAAAGGCUCCUAUAUCUUUCUCAGGGCAAGAUGACUUGAUGAUGCUGUGGUCAGUUGAUUCCGACAAUGUGGUGGUCAUUUCAUUCUGGUAAUGAUCCAAUAACCUCUCCUUACUGCUAGGCCAUGUCAAUAUCCCAAGUGGAGAUAUUUUCAAUUUAAGUAUAUCUUGAGAUUAAAUGUUGUGAGUUUUGUUUACAUUGUCUUUAGAAAGUAUUUGUUAUUUUUUAGUGAACUAAUGUUAAUUGUGAUCUGUGAUUGAUAAUGGCAGCAAUUUCUUAUUGUAAAUAAAAA